AAUUUACACAAAACCCUACCAACCGUGCGUACAUUAAGUAUAAAUUUACCGAUAAAUACGAACCAGUCAAGACGAUUAUACUCUGAAGAUGCCAAACUUCAAGAAAUAAUUGUAGACUACGAUUAUGUAAAAAAUGCUACAUCAAACAAAAAUAUUUUAAUUGUUGAUGUUCGUGAACCAGACGAGAUCAAAGAACAUGGCAAAAUUCCUAACAGCAUUAACAUUCCUUUGGGAAAUGUAACAACUGCCCUGAACUCACUAUCAGAGAAAGAAUUUGAACAAAUGUAUGGACAAAAAAAGCCAUCAGAAGAUAAAGAAAUUAUCUUUUACUGCAUGAUUGGAAAGAGGUCUGGAAUGACACAACAAAAUGCUAUAAGCAUUGGAUAUAAAAAUACUAAAAAUUAUCUCGGAAGCUGGACAGAUUGGGCAAGUAAAAAUCAGUAGAUUAUGGUAGUGUUCUACUUAAAUAUACUAUCCAUUUUACAUGUUUAAAAAAAUUAGUCUUGUAAUGUUA